AUUUUUUCGCCGCAUCUCGUGCGAUUCCGCUUCGCCCAGGCCCUGCUUCUCCGCGCGAAAGCCAGGCCUGCAACACAAUACACAGCCAAGGCACGACCCAGUCUACCAGCGACAACGCAUCUAGGACGGAAUCCUCGUAGCGGCCAAGCCUCGCGCAGUCCGUUACUCGACCCGAGCUGACCAUUUUUUUCUUUCCUUUGUCGGUUGAACCUUCAUUUGGGCUUUUCUCCUGCAAAGCUCGCAACCAUGAGCUUCGCAAACAUGCUCAACCGCCUCCAUGGGCAACCCGAAAGCUACGAAAAGAAGGCGAAGUACCGCUUUGGGCGCACCCUUGGCGCCGGCACAUAUGGUAUCGUCAGGGAGGCAGAGGGCCCCGAUGGUCGGGUCGCGAUCAAGAUCAUCUUGAAGAAGGCCGUCCGCGGCAAUGAGCGUAUGGUUCUCGACGAGCUGGACAUGCUCCAGCGGCUUAAGCACCCGCACAUUGUCAAGUUUGUGGACUGGUUUGAGUCGAGAGACAAGUACUACAUCGUCACCGAGCUGGCGACUGGCGGAGAGCUGUUCGACAGAAUUUGCGAAAAGGGCAAGUUCACUGAGAAGGAUGCCUCUCAAACCAUCAAACAGGUCCUGGACGCCGUCAACUAUUUGCACAAGAACAACGUCGUUCACCGCGAUCUCAAACCCGAGAACCUCCUGUACCUCACUAAGGACCCGCACUCGGAUCUGGUACUGGCCGACUUCGGCAUCGCGAAGACGCUCGGAACCAAGGACGAGGUGCUGACGACGAUGGCUGGUUCGUUCGGCUAUGCGGCGCCCGAGGUGAUGCUCAAGCAGGGCCACGGCAAGCCCGUAGACAUGUGGUCGCUCGGUAUCAUCACCUACACCCUACUCUGCGGCUACCCGCCUUUCCGAUCCGAAAAUGUCCAGGACCUGAUUGAUGAGUGCACUGCCUGCCGUGUGGUAUUCCACGAGCGCUACUGGAAGGACGUCAGCCAGGACGCCAGGGACUUUAUCUUGGGACUGUUGCGACCGAAGCCGGAAGAUCGCUGGACGAGCGAGCAAGCCCUCGCCCACACCUGGCUGAGCGGCAAGAACGCUACCGACCACAACUUGUUGCCCGAGAUUCGCGCCUACCUCACUCGCGCUCGGUUGCGGCGCGGUAUUGAGAUGGUCAAGCUCGCCAACCGCAUCGAGGCGCUCAAGGCGCAAGAGGAAGACCCGGAGAACUCUGAUAUGCCCAAAGACGCCACGUCAGCAGCGGACCAAUCGCGCCUUACAUCUUCCUCUAACGCCAACGAUAGCUCCGCCGCCGGGAAUGCUAGCGGCCAAGGCGGCAAGCGCAAUCUCUCCAAGGCGGUGAAGAGUGCCAUCUUCCGCGAAGUGGUCCUGGCCAAGGUGCGAGAAAUGAAGGAGCAGGAGCAGACUCUCAAGGUGACCGAGGAGGCGUCCAAGAUGGCUUGAAGGAGAGGAAUCGAGACCGUCUCGGGUUUGAUUUUGAAAAUACACAUAAGACUUCGAGAGAAUAUGGAAGGGGGGAAGGGGAUAGGUUCUGUUUUGUGAAGGGUUCAAAAUGUGGGGACUUAGCUUU